GAGAGCCUCAGAACUGCAGUUUCUUUAGCAACUAUGGGUAGAACUCGGAAUGAAGGACGAAUAAAGGGAACACAGCAAAGAGGAGGGAAAACACCUCAGCACUGUUUGGGAAAGUAAAGAGCACAAGUGAUGCUAGUGCUCACCUAGAACAACCUUCCGGGAAUCAGAGGACAAUCCCCUCCCCCACUUUAACACAUCUAAACUUUUUUUCUUCCCCCUCGUCUGAGUCUCACUUUCCAACACUCUGUGUUGACCCGCUGUCCUGAAUAGACCCUGUUUCACCUUCUCAUAUCCCUUCUUCUAUGUUAGGAAUUCAGGGCUGGGAAAAUUGAGUUGAGUCAUCCCAUCUGGCUGCUACCCCGGAACUGCAUAUCUCCGCGUCGCCCAGGACCUGUGCUCCGGCCACAUCCACCGCACUCAUCACGUGACCUCCGCAGUUCCAUGGACCAAACACAGAGAAGAAUGUUGGGCCAGCCCCUUUCCAUCCCCACUGCCCAGCCUAAGAAGAAAUCAAUGAUGUCUUUCUUUUCCAAGGUCUCUUGGAAACUGAAGCUCCAGAAGCGGGAGCCUCUGAAGAAUGCUGUUUUGGUCUUGGCAGAGAGAGCCCGGGACCCCAGUGUUAAAAAGCGUCAUAUGGCCAUGAGAGGCCUGGGAGCCCUGGCCUGUGAAACCCCGGACAAGGUGAGAAAGUACAAGAAGAUUGUCCUAGACCUGCUGGUGCAUGGACUGUACGACCCUGUGAGUUCUGAAGUCGUCCAUGAGAGCUUGAAGACCCUGACCAUCAUCCUGGGCAAGAUCCAGGGGAAAGGCUUGGGGCCCUUCUUCAUAGACGUCACCCUUCAGACCAGGACUUUGCUAGAUGAUGAAAAUGACAGCCUGAGGUACUCAGCCUUUGUCUUGUUUGGGCAACUGGCGGCCUUUGCUGGGAGGAAGUGGAAGAGGUUUUUCACCCGUCAGGUGCAGCAGACUCAAGAUUCCCUCCUGACCCACUUACAGGAUCAGAAUCCCCAGGUUGCCAAGGCUUGCAAAACAACUUUUCAAGCCUGUUCUCCGUAUCUGAGACCAAGGAAGGAAUACAGCUUGUGGAGCGAAGAGGAUCAAGUGAACCCUAAACUCUGCUGGCAGCUGAUCCACUGUCAUCCAGAGCUCCUGCAGUUCUUCUAUGCAAAUAAAAUUCUCUAAACACAGGGUUGCAGGGAGAUGGCUCUGUGUGCACCCAUUUGGGUAGGGGGACUGAUACCCCCCUCUUUUAACUCUUCAGAUGCUUCCGUUUGCCUCUUGUGAUUGUGAUGGAAAAGGGUUGUUGGGAGAGCAAUUGAUAGCAAAGAUAACACUGUGGAGUUAAUAUAAUCUUAUCCAAAGUAAAUUCUAAAUAGCUUUUCUGUGUCUUGUUUUCUUCCCAUGCAAAUUUAAUGGAAAGGUACACCCUGUCUUUAAAACAUUUAAAGUACAUGUUUUUAAAGUGCUGAUUUGUCAGCUUUAUCCUCCUUGAGUUUUUAUCUGUCACCUAUUUUAAAUUUUAUUUUUAAUUUCUAAGGCUUAGGAGAAUAACUGUUUUCUAAAGUUUUUUGUUUGUUUGUUUUGUUUAAAUCUGCCAUUGGUAUUUUGCUAUUUGCUAUCAAUACCUUUUCUUGGCAAGACCUAUUUAAAGUUGGCCAGGGAACUGAGAAGGUGGUGUGGAAGGGGAUCUUUAGCUUCUUAUUAUCUUCAGCAGUCAUUGCCUCCAAGAUUAUUCCAAACAAGAAUUAACAAAGAGAAAGAAAUUGAUGAAACGUUUUGGAAAACCUCAAGCUGAUGGUAAUGUCUGGAGUAAUAAUAAUGAGUGGCAUAUAUUGAGCAUGUUUGUAAUUUACUGAGCGCUCUCUAAGCACUUUGCAAGUAUUAUUUAAUAUUCAUAACAAUGCUAGGAGAAUGUACCAUUACUAUCCUCAUUUUGUAGAUGAGAAAACUAAGGCAUAGGGAAAUUGAGUAACUUGCCCAAGAUGACCCAGUAAUUGAUGUAGCCAGAAUUCAAACCCCAACUUUUAGAGCCUACAGUCAAUCAUGGUGUGAUACUGCCUUGUUUUGGAACAAUUAACCAAUGGUUAGAAAUGUAAAAAUAAAUUUAAAAAACCUGCCAACUCUC